UGCCGGAUCGCGCCUGCGCGGUGGGGAGCUGCUCGCAGCUCCCGCUCGGCCUUGGGCUGGCUGGCUGCAGUCUCCGUUUGAGCGCGGCCGAAGUGGCUGGCUCGCUUAAGAUGAGGUUUCUGCUACUUCUCCUGGUGGCGGCGUCGGCGGUGAUCCGGAGCGAUGCCUCGGCCAACCUGGGCGGCGUGCCUAGCAAAAGAUUAAAGAUGCAGUACGCCACGGGGCCGCUGCUGAAGUUCCAGAUUUGUGUUUCCUGAGGUUAUAGGCGGGUGUUUGAGGAGUACAUGCGGGUUAUAAGCCAGCGGUACCCAGACAUCCGCAUUGAAGGAGAAAAUUACCUCCCUCAACCCAUAUAUAGACACAUAGCAUCUUUCCUGUCAGUCUUCAAACUAGUAUUAAUAGGCUUAAUAAUUGUUGGCAAGGAUCCUUUUGCUUUCUUUGGCAUGCAAGCUCCUAGCAUCUGGCAGUGGGGCCAAGAAAAUAAGGUCUAUGCAUGUAUGAUGGUUUUCUUCUUGAGCAACAUGAUUGAGAACCAGUGUAUGUCAACAGGUGCAUUUGAGAUAACUUUGAAUGAUGUGCCUGUGUGGUCUAAGCUGGAAUCUGGUCACCUCCCAUCCAUGCAACAGCUUGUUCAAAUUCUUGACAAUGAAAUGAAGCUUAAUGUGCAUAUGGAUUCAAUCCCACAUCAUAGAUCAUAGCCCCACCUAUCAGCACUGAAAACUCUUUUACAUUAAGGGAUUUUUUGCAAGAGCAGCGUGACUGACAUUAUGAAGGCCUGUACUGAAGACAGCAAGCUGUUAGUACAGACCAGAUGCUUUUUUGGCAGGCUCGUUGUACCUCUUGAAAAACCUCAAUGCAAGACAGUUUUUCAGUGCUGGCACAUUUUGGAAUUCUGCACAUUCGUGGAGUGCAAUAAUACUGUAUAGCUUUUUUUUCUUCCCCAAAUCCACUCAGUUAACAGUUUUUAAAAAAUGUAGACAUUACCACUUGUACCAUUUUUUCCUUAGUCAUAUUUGGAAAAGUAGAAAAUGGAGUUACAAUUUGACUUUCUUUUCAAAGAUGUCUGUUAAAUCUGUUGUGAUUUUAUAUGGAUUUUCCUUUUUUAUAGUUUAAAAUUGAUCUUUUUGGGAAUAUAGCUGAAGUUCCCAAAUACUUUAUAAGAGUUUAUCAGGCAUCUUUAAUUUGGUCAUUUCCAAUUUAUAGUUUUCAAAAUACUGCAGAUUGUGAACAGUGCAUUAUAGGAGAUUAUGGGGGGAAAUCCUAUAUCCAGAGUACUCUACCAAUUUGUGUGUAUGUGCGUGUGUGCGUGUGUGAUUACCAGAGAAUUACUAAAAGACCAACUGCUUUUUAAAUACUGUUAUGUAGUUCAAAUGUCUUGCCUUGACCAAUCUAAUGAGUUGAUUAACUGGGCCUUUAUACUUAACUCAAUAAAAAACUAAGCAGAUGUAAGUUAAAAA